CCGGUGGGUGGGUCGGGACACGCCUCCUCCUCUUCUGCCACUGCCAGUUCCCACUCUACCGGAACCAGGAAGAAGCCUGGCCGGAAGCAGGCCAUCCUGGCCUGUCAGAAGCACGGUCUCCGGGACCCACCGGCCAGGGGGAGGCACCGUGCCCUAACCCAGCCUGCUUCAUCCUCGGAAGAGGAUGAGGAGAGUGGCAGCCCCCAGCAUUCCAACAAGUCGGGGGGGGGGGUUGGGCAAAGAUCAGAGAGGAGGCAAUUAAGGAUGGGGAUUUGGAAUUGGCACGGGACUUGGGCAGCUUUGCGGCACCGGUCAUCCUCCGGCGGGGGAGGGAGCCAAAGUGGGAGCAAAUUCCAUACGCUGAGGUGAAGGAGUUAAGGAAGGCUGCCAAAGAUUACGGCAGAAACUCGCCUUUCUUUAAAAAUGUGCUGGACUUAACAUUUGCUGGACGUUUGCUAGUCCCCCAUGAUUUAAAGUAUAUUGCUAAGGCACUGUUUUCUCCCACCGAAUGCGACCUCUGGGAGAUUCAUUGGAAAAAACUGUUGAAACCACUCCUGCGCAAGUAUGAUCUCGCAGAGGUGGUGGGAGUGGGGGAUGAGGCAAUGGAAGCCCUUGCUGGAGAAGGGGAGUUCAGCAGUCCGGAGGACCAAAUUCUACUAGCACAGGAGCUGCUUCAGGACAUAGCAGCAGCGGGAAAGGAGGCACUCCUGAAGAUACCGGAUGCGACAAGGGUACCAGCCAGCGGGAAACUGGCGGCGGAGCGCGAGGAGGGGCCGCGCGACGACACCAAGUGGCCCUUCUCAGCAUCCCAGCCUUCCGACCAUCAGGGAGGACGAGUGGCCGCGCGGCCAAGUCCAGCAGUUCAGCGCAGCCACGAGGACGGACUCCGCCUCUUCCACCGGACAGGUACCCUAAAUCAGGGCAAUCGUCGGGUCCUCCGCAGCAGCGUCACCAUCUCUCUCCAGGAUGAGUACCUGACGAGAGUUCCUGCUGGGUUCCUGGGCCCCCUCCACGACUGUCGGGACACCACCGUGCUCAUCUUAGAAGACUCUUUCAACAUGCCGAAUGAAAUCACCAUCUUACCUGAGGGAAAGUCGGUGCAGAUGCGGCUCAUGGCAGACACAGGAGCUGAUGUGACCAUCAUCCCCCAGGCGAGGUGGCCCAGCGACUGGGAGCUUGUGCCCCCUUGCGGCAGGAUCUCUGGUGUGGGCGGAGCGGUCCACUCUCUGAGGAGUAGGCAUCUUGUGUGCGUGGAAGGUCCGGAAGGACAAUUGGCAACGGUGAGACCUUUUGUUGUCUCUUCAAACAUACUAUUAUUAGGAAGGGAUGUUUUAUCCCAAUGGGGAGCCCGCCUCGACAUCCCUAGCCCUUCGUGGGAUUUUUAGUGUGGGCCACUGCAGAGCGCACUUCCCCACCCUUGACCUGGAAAACCAACACACCGGUCUGGGUGGAUCAGU